AUGUCGACCAUGGACAAGAUCUUCGCUGGCCAUGCCCAGCGCCAGGCCACUCUCGAAGCAAGCGACAACGUCUUCGCCAACGGCAUUGCCUGGAUCCAAGGCAAGCUCGUCCCCCUCAACGAAGCCCGCAUUCCCCUCAUGGACCAAGGAUUCAUGCAUGGCGAUUUGACCUACGAUGUCCCCGCAGUUUGGGAUGGUCGCUUCUUCCGUCUUGAUGACCAUCUCGACCGUCUCGAGGCAAGCGUCAAAAAGAUGCGAAUGCAAUUCCCUAUUCCCCGCGAUGAGAUCCGAAUGACACUUUUCGACAUGCUCGCCAAGAGUGGAAUCAAGGAUGCUUUUGUUGAGCUGAUUGUCACUCGUGGCUUGAAGCCUGUUCGUGAGGCUAAACCUGGUGAGGUCUUGAACAACCACCUCUACUUGAUCGUCCAACCCUACGUCUGGGUCAUGAGCCCCGAGGCUCAGUACGUCGGCGGUAAUGCUGUUAUCGCACGAACUGUUCGUCGAAUCCCUCCCGGAUCCAUGGAUCCCACCAUCAAGAACCUUCAAUGGAGUGACUUCACCCGCGGCAUGUUCGAAGCCUACGACCGGGGAGCUCAAUACCCCUUCCUCACCGACGGCGACACAAACAUCACCGAAGGAUCUGGCUUCAACGUCGUCUUUGUCAAGAACAACGUCAUUUACACCCCCGACCGAGGCGUUUUGCAGGGAAUCACCAGAAAGAGUGUGAUUGACGCUGCCAAGUGGUGUGGUCACGAAGUUCGAGUGGAGCAUGUCCCUGUUGAGAUGGCCUAUGAAGCCGAUGAGAUCUUCAUGUGUACUACUGCUGGAGGAAUCAUGCCUAUCACUACCAUGGAUGGAAAGCCAGUCAAGGACGGAAAGGUCGGGCCUGUCACAAAGGCCAUCUGGGAUCGGUACUGGGCGAUGCACUGGGAGGAUGAGUUCAGUUUCAAGAUUGACUACCAGAAACUGAAGCUGUAG